CAGAGGACAGAGACCCGAGCCAGAGCAGCAAGAAGGCGUCUAACGAGGCCAGCAGAGCAGGACCAGCCCUGAACAAGAAGCCGAAGAGAAAAGACAGACCAUUAGAUCACACCUGCCACAGACCUGAGCAUCCCCUCAGCCAAGCGGGACCUUCAGCAACCAGCCCCAUCCUCGUCUCUGCUGCCCCUUCUCUGAAGGAUGGCCAAAGCCCAGACGCAGGCAGCCCCCAUGCUGACCAUUCCGAUGGCCACCGCAGAGGACCUGCCUCUCCCUCCACCCCCAGCCCGGGAGGACCUGCCCCCGCCCCCGCCCAAGGAGUCCUUCUCCAAGUUCCACCAGCAGAGACAAGCCAGCGAGCUCCGCCGCCUCUACAAGCACAUACACCCUGAGCUCCGCAAGAAUCUGGCUGAGGCCGUGGCUGAAGACCUGGCUGACGUCCUGGAUUCCAAGGAGCCCACAGAGGGUGACGUCCAGUGCAUGCGCUGGAUCUUUGAGAACUGGCAGCUAGAUGCCAUUGGGGACCGCGAGCGGCAGCCUGCCAGGGAGCCUGUGACCGGCGGUGAUGUCCAGGCUACCUCCCACAAGUUUGAGGAAGGUUCUUUUGUCAACAGCACGGACCAGGAGCCAGCCGGACCUCUGCCAUCGAGAGGGGAUGUUCGUGCAGCCCGCCGGCUGUUUGAGACAAAGCCACUGGAUGAGCUGACUGGUGAGGCUGAGGCAUCGCGGGCUACGGCGAGGGAGCCUGAGGCCAGCGGGGAUGUCCAGGGCACCAGGAUGCUCUUUGAGACGCGGCCAUUGGACCGCCUGGGCUCCCGCCCCUCCAUCCAGGAGCAGAGCCCCUUGGAGCUGCGCUCAGAGAUCCAGGAGCUGAAGGGCGAUGUGAAGAAGACAGUGAAGCUGUUCCAAACAGAGCCACUGUGUGCCAUCCAGGAUGCAGAAGGUGCCAUCCACGAGGUCAAGGCCGCAUGUCGGGAGGAAAUCCAAAGCAAUGCAGUGAGGUGUGCCCGCUGGCUCUUUGAAACCCAACCUCUGGAUGCCAUCAACAGGGACCCCAGUCAGGUGCGGGUUAUCCGGGGGAUCUCCCUGGAGGAGGGGGCCCGGACUGACGUCAGUGCAACUCGCUGGAUCUUUGAGACACAGCCACUGGACGCCAUUCGGGAGAUCUUGGUGGAUGAGAAAGACUUCCAGCCAUCGCCAGACCUUGUCCCUCCUGGUGCAGAUGUUCAGCAGCAGCGGCAUUUGUUUGAGACCCGAGCACUGGACACUCUCAAGGGGGGAGAGGAGUCUGGAGCAGAGCACCCACCCAAAGAGGAAGUAGUCCCUGGCGAUGUCCGCUCUACCCUGUGGCUAUUUGAGAUGAAGCCCCUGGACACUCCUAGAGACAAAGUCCAAGUGGGCCACCUGCAGCGAGUGGGUCCCCGGGAGUGUGAGGGGCUCAUGGCUGAAUAUCCACGCAGUGAUGGCUCCUCUGCACCGUCCCACUCUCAGAGUGCCCCCCAGAGGGAUGGGGUGAAGGGGGACGUGAAGGCCUUCAAGAACCUUUUUGAGACCCUUCCCCUGGACAGCAUUGGGCAGGGUGAGCCUUUGGCCCUUCGGAGUAUGAACAGAGCAGAAGGAAUUAAUUCUAUGGGGCUGUCCCAGGACACAGGGUCCCCAGUGUACGCUAUGCAGGAUGGCAAAGGCCAUCUCCACGCCCUGACCUCUGUCAGCAGAGAGCAGAUAGUUGGAGGUGAUGUGCAGGGCUACCGGUGGAUGUUUGAGACACAGCCCCUGGAUCAACUGGGCCGAAGCCCUAGUACUGUGGAUGUGGUACGGGGCAUCACCCGGCAAGAAGUGGUGGCCGGAGAUGUCAGCACUGCCCGGUGGCUCUUUGAGACCCAGCCCCUGGAGGUGAUCCACCAGCGAGAACGGCAAGAACGCCAGGAGGAAGAAGAAAAGAGCCAGGCAGUUUCCCAGCCUGAGUCACUCCCAAAGGGUGAUGUGCAGACCAUCCGCUGGUUGUUUGAGACGUGCCCCAUGAGUGAGUUGGCCGAGAAGCAGGGGUCAGAGGUCAUAGAACCCACAGCUAAGGCGGAGGCGCGGUCCUGCACUUGGAUGUUUGCGCCCCAAACCCUGGACAGGCUAGAAGGCUCCAGGGAGCAGCACCUGCAGGUUAGCCAGAUCCAGCCUGGGGAAAGACAGACAGAUGGACAUGUCUUCGAAACUGAGCCUCUGCAGGCCUCGGGCUGUCCCUGCGGAAGAGGGCCUAUGCGAUACUGCAGCCGAGUGGAGAUCCCUUCCGGGCAGGUGUCUCGGCAGAAGGAGGUUUUCCAGGCCCUGGAGGCAGGCAAGAGGGAAGACCAGGGGUCCAGGGUACUCCCCCAGCCAAUCUCUGCGGGUUCUGUGCACAAGUUCACCUGGCUCUUUGAGAACUGCCCCAUGGGCUCCCUGGCAGCUGAGAGCAUCCGAGGGGGCAACCUCCAGGAGGAGCAGCCCGUGGGCCCCUCAGGCAACAGGGUGCCAGAGAAGCAGGAGACCACAGCGGAGGGGACCCUGAGGACUCUGCACACUAUGCCUGGCCUCCUGCACCACGGAGGCAUCCUCAUGGAGGCCCGAGGCCUGGGGGAGCUCUGCCUUGCCAAGUAUGUACUGCCAGGCCCGGGGCAGGGGGUACCCCACAUACGGAAGGAGGAGUUGGUGUCUGGCGAGCUUCCCAGGAUUGUCCGCCAAGUACUGCGCCGGCCAGAUGUGGACCCGCAGGGGAUGCUGGUUCAGGAGGACCCAGUGGGCCAGCUCUGCCUUAAGCUGCUGAAGCUGCCAGCUCCAGGCAGCAGCGGGAACCUCGAAGACAUGGACCCUGAGUUCCAACAGGUGCUGGCUUGUGGCCUGGGGACCUCAGUAGCACGGACUGGGCUGGUGAUGCAGGAGACAGAGCAGGGCCUGGUCUCGCUGACUGCCUACUCCCUGCAGCCCCGGCUGACUAGCAGGGCCCCUGAAAGGGGCAGUGUGCAGCUGCUGGCCAGCUGCAUAGACAAAGGAGACCUGAGUGGCCUGCACAGUCUGCGGUGGGAGCCACCAGCUGAUUCAAGUCCAGUGCCAGCCAGCGAGGGGCCCCAGAAGCUGCCCGCAAUGGAGAACAUCAUCCAUGUUCCCCCACUGGACCCCAGUAUGGGGAUGGGGCACCUGAGAGGCCCAGGGGGCACCCCCCACCUCCCACAGGUCAUUGGAAAGGCAGUGCCUCUGGCUGGGGAAGAAAAGCAGAAAGAGAGCUACACUGGGCAGAAAGGGAUAACAGCUUUGGGAAAGUCUGAAGGAACCACAGUGACACCCACGGGGUCUGGAGCCCCAGACCUCCAGGCUGCCAUGCAAAAUCUGCGGAUGGCAACAGCGGAGGCCCAAAGCCUGAGCCAGCAAGUUCUCAAUAAGAACAAGCAAGACUCUGCCCCUGGAGCCACCUCAGCACCUCCGGAGCCACCACGGCACCCUGAUGGUCCCCUGCAAGCAUCGGCCGUGGUCACCGUGGCUGCCCAGAGCAAUACUAGACCUGUGGCUGGAGGUGACCCCAGGACCCCAGCACACCCCAGAAAGCUGCUGUGACAGGACCGGACUGCCCAGCCCACGCCCACCAUGAUGAGGACUCUAUCCAACAGGACGCCGAGUCCCUGCAGGACCCCCUUCUCCA